CUGGUCCGGUGUGCAUUUUUACCUGGUUCCGCCUCCAGGGCCUCAUUUUUAACUGCGACAUUCUUUGUGUUAUUUGAGGGGCUCAUUCCUGCACUCGAGACAACUCCAGCUAUAAUUUAGCCGGGAUGAUAGGUGUAGACCACGUUCUGGGACGGCCGUCCACCAAGUUUCGUAAGAUCCAGGUCUUCGCCGUUUUCCUGUUCUGGUCUUCUUAUCUCCUUCGAGGAAACAAGCAUGGUCCUCCGAUUAUCCGAAAGCUUUCGUCUCGUCUCUCCCAGAAACUGAGUGUCUGGCAAACUACGGUCUUCGUUUUCCUAUGGCUUUACAUUUGUCGAAAUUUCGCGAAGAUCGUUGGCUUGGAGUGCCCGGAGCCUUUGUCGAAUCUGUAUUCGCGUUCCUUCUUCCGGGCAACAUGGAUCACCACGGCUCUGGAUGCAGGCUUCUGGACGGCGAUGAAUGUUAAGCCAAAAUGGCUACGUGAUAUCUCGUCCUUAGUCUUCACGGGAUAUUAUCUAUUUGCGGCAGAACAGGCCGAUGAGAAGGUCCGUCGGGUUCGGGCUACCCUCACGGUAGAACACCUGCGAGUCUCGUGGAACAAGGCCACAACGCCGUACCUGUGGACACUGGCGAGUAUAGUCCGGCCCCGACUUACCAGAUAUCCUCCCCGUGCAAUUCGAAUCCCUCGUCCGGGACAGUCUUCAUACACAGAGCCGACCAAUGCAUGGCUCUACUUUGAUGGGCCUUUGAGUACGCUCCGGGACCAGACGUGCAUUAUUCUGGAUAUCCCCGGGGGUGGGUAUGUUGCUAUGAGUCCUCGGUCUUCGGAGGAUCGGUUGCUUGCAUGGGCAGGAAAGACCAAGGUGCCGAUUCUCAGUCUUGACUACAAGAAAGCGCCAGAGUAUCCCUACCCUUACGCUCUGAACGAAUGUUACGAUGUCUACCACAUGAUUGUCUCUACUCGCGGCCGCUGCGUGGGGCUUAGCGGACAAACACGACCUCGAAUUGUUCUUACCGGAGACAGUGCGGGCGCGAACCUCGCCGUAGGAACGGCAUUGGUGACUCUCCAGUCUGGUGGUGCAAACGCGCCACGAUGGCAGGGCGAGAACAUCCUGCCGCGCCCAGAUGGGCUGGUUUUGGCGUAUCCGACGCUAAGCAUGAAAGUGGAAAGCUGGAUGACGGAAGAGCAGAUGGCCUUGAUCCAAGAGAAAAGCACGCGUCGGACAAAUCAGAGUGUCUUGCAGCGGAAGAACAUGGACUAUCAGCGAUUAACGCCGUUCACAUCACCAGGUCCCUCUGUCAGCGACUUGCAAGCUACACCUUCACCUGAUCCUGACGCCGAACCGGAUGGGAUAGUGAAAGAAGCUUCAAAGAUCAUCGAGGAGGAGCUUGCACAAGAUAGCAUAGCAGCCCAAGCUGUUGAGAUGACUGAGCACCAGCCAAAGCAAAUCCGAACUCGGUUGGCCGUUUCCUCGAUGAUUUCAUACGUCCACGAUCGCAUGUUGACCCCCGAGAUUAUGAGAGCUUUGAUUAUCUUAUAUAUCGGUCCUCACAAUCGCCCUGAUUUCAGUACAGACUUUCUCCUGUCGCCUGUUCUUGCGCCGGACGCACUACUCUCACGCUUCCCAAAGACAUACAUCAUCACGGGGGAACGCGACCCCCUAGUUGACGAUACUGUGAUCUUUGCCGGCAGGCUACGACAGGCGAAGUUGCACCAAUUCAGAGAGCGCCAGGAGUUAGGCCUAGAGAAGUCAUGGCGCAGCUUCAAGGAAAAGGACCAUGUUGAAGUGUCCUUACUACCAGGGGUGUCUCAUGGCUUUCUCCAGAUGGCAGGAUUCUUCCCCGAGAGCUGGAAGCACAUCAAUCGAUGCGCUUCGUGGAUUCAGGAUCUGUUCGAGAUGGCCGAGAGGAAGAAGGCAUCUCCCAGCUUCCCGCAGUCCUUAGUCGACACCGCCAGUCUUCAUAAGACGCCCAAAAAAGAAACGACCAACAAAGAGCGUACCCGCAAUCACAAGCGAAGCCUAACUGGCGAGUCCUCGGCCGACGAGGAUAAACCGUUGGAGAUGGGCAUCGGCAAGAUGACGCCUCUGAAUACGGAUGACGGCCAUGUUGGCCACGCACGAAUCCAUCGGUCCUUUAGCAGUGGCGUCCAGCUGGUCAGCCAAGAAAUCCACUCCGACAACGAGGUUCCCCGGUCCAGAAGCGUGUCAAGGGGGCGCACACCUCGAGCCAGCGGGCUCGCCAGAAAACGGCGAUUUGCACCGACAUCCCUGAAGAUGCCCAGCGUGAACGGAUACUCGUCCGACGGCCCGGAAAGCCCGGCGUACUUUCGUCGCAGAGAGGGCAGUUUGGAUAGUCUCUCCAGCGAGGAAGAUCUGCUUCACCGCCGCAUGACAGGCAUCGCGGGAGGAUUGAUGGGUAUUGGAGAGAGGGCACAAACCCCGUAGUACUGAGGCG